CUCUGUGAAAGCCCUGCCGUCGCCUUGUCGAGUCAUCGCCAGAGAAGAGCAGAGAGCAGACAGAGCCGCCGUCCGAUGGCUUGAAAACAGGGAAUAACUGUGGAUCACAGCGGAUUUAUUGCGCCACACAAGCCAAGAGGAGCAUAACGGCGGUCGUAGGAGCGGACUUAAUGUUGAUACGGAUGAGGAUAUAGCAUCUUUGAGUGAGACUGCUGCCUUAUGACCCGGACACAGACAACAUAGACACAGACAGAAAUAAGUACCAGAGCCGCCGCGACACUAGCGAGCGAACUUGGCUGCUCUACCCGGUGGGAGGUGUUGGUCUGUCGGCUGCGGCUUGCUGCACGUAUGCUGCUCAGCGCCACGCUGUUCGGACCCUUUUAGAAGGAUAAGGUUGUAGCCAAGUUAUGUUUUUGUAAAUAGCUUCUUUUUCGGGGUUUUCGGCAACCAACUGUGGCUUUAAUGUGACGCACUAUACUGACAUUUGUGCUGUGUCGGAGCGGACCCCCCACUGCAGAGGAGUUACAGGCUUUUAAAUCAAGUUUGUACCUUCAUCAUUCUACGGUGCCAAUACAGCCCACACCAAUGUAAUAGUAACAAGGGGCGAAGCAGAUCAAGCUGGGCCUGGCUAGGCCUACCUAGUCUUCUGUCUGGCCUUACCAGACGGGCCAGCGACCUCUCCAGGGACUCAACGACGAGCAGUGGGGGCUUCAGCCUGUUCUUACAGAAACUUCACCAGACCACCACAUCAAGCUGUAACGGAUUGGAUUCCAAUCAUACCUUGUUUUAUCAGCCUUUGGGAGGCUAUACUGGUCUGUUAGCUCAAGUCCUUCCAUGUCGUGGAUGUCCCUCUCUGGAUGUUGGCAGCAGGAUGGAUUCGAGUGUUAAUUUGACGGUUGUCACAUCGUUGCAGUGCUUGCACCCCCCCUCCUUUGACUGGCUUUCAUCCCUUCCCUCCCCAAUCUUUAAGCGAAAGCCCCUGCCGCUCUCUUGGGGCUUCCCUGAGCCCUGUACAGAAGGGACUUGUAGGAACUGUAGAUUGUUUUGUUGAAACAGUUGACAUUGCAAAGAGGAACUAGAGUUACCCAUCCAUUUUCUUUUUUCCAGAGUUUCAUCAGAGGUCGGACAGCUUUUCUUUUGAAAAAUAAACUUGCUAACAGAAAUUUGUGCCCGCAUACACACAGUGUACACAUAGAUUGGUCUGAUUAAGUCCUUAUUAAUACGCACAGAAUUCCUUUUUUGUGGUCUGAGUCUUGGGGAGAAAUGUCUGAAAGCAGCAGCAAGGCGGCAAAAUUGAUUGCCCCUGCCCCCCCCCCUCCCUCUGCCUCUCCCUGUCCAUCACCCCAAACCCCCCAUAAGAAUGUGAAUGGCUCUGCCAGUUCAGACACGCUUGUGGUAGAGAAGCUUAGCGGAGACCCUGAGGUCCAACGUCGGCGCCACACAAUGGAUAGAGACUCUAAAAUAGCCGAGCACCGUUUCUUCCGCCGGAGUGUCAUUUGUGACUCCAAUGCCACAGCUUUGGACCUGCCCAGCAAAGCAGCUGUGAUACUCACCUCACCUCCAGACUGUGAAGGGCCUCCCACCUUCUUCCUUCCAGUUCCCUCAGGUCCUGGACCUGGGGUACGAGAUGCUGAAGGCAGAGAGGUCCCAAGAGGUCCUUACCUGCAAACCUCAACCCUUCAGCCUGGUCUUGGCCUUGGUAGGGCAGUUGCGGAGGGGCACAUAGAAAAUGCUGAGGAAGAUUUAGGUGAGGGCAGUAUCACGAUUGCUGUUCCCACAAGUAGUAUUGUUGAAGAAAAUAGUGCAGAUGGGGCAGUAAAAGAGCCCAGCCCGACAGUAUUGGAUGUUACCGACAAAACGUUAGGCAAACUGCCUGACGUCACAUUGCGUCCCAGAGGGUCAGAGGACACACAACAGGUGACAAAAGACGGAAAAGUGAUAGAACAUGUGGACGGGGGUAGCGUUAGUAGUCCGACCGAGGAGAAAGAGAAGGAGACGGAGGAGGAGAAGGAGCUAGCGAAAGCACGGGCAGAGCAGAGGGAGGCCGAGAAACGAGUGCAAGAGGAUAUAGAGGAGGUGGAGACGAAAGCUGUAGGGACUUCCCCAGAUGGGCGCUUCCUGAAAUUUGACAUUGAGAUUGGAAGAGGGUCCUUUAAGACUGUGUACAAGGGACUGGAUACAGAGACUACUGUGGAAGUGGCGUGGUGUGAGCUCCAGGAUCGCAAACUGUCCAAGUCGGAGCGCCAGCGCUUCAAAGAGGAAGCAGGGAUGUUGAAAGGUCUCCAGCAUCCUAACAUUGUCCGCUUCUAUGACUCCUGGGAGGGACCAUGCAAAGGAAAGAAAUGUAUUGUUCUGGUCACAGAGCUCAUGACAUCUGGCACGCUUAAAACCUACCUGAAGCGUUUCAAGGUGAUGAAAAUCAAGGUUCUCCGUUCGUGGUGCAGACAGAUCCUCAAAGGCCUCCACUUCCUGCACACCAGAACCCCGCCCAUCAUUCACAGGGACCUGAAAUGCGACAACAUCUUUAUCACGGGGCCCACGGGCUCGGUGAAGAUAGGGGACCUGGGUUUAGCCACGCUAAAAAGGGCUUCCUUUGCUAAGAGUGUCAUAGGAACCCCAGAGUUUAUGGCCCCAGAGAUGUAUGAGGAGAAGUAUGAUGAAUUGGUAGAUGUCUACGCCUUCGGGAUGUGUAUGCUGGAGAUGGCUACCUCAGAGUACCCCUACUCUGAAUGUCAAAACGCUGCCCAGAUCUACAGGCGGGUUACUAGUGGAGUGAAGCCUGGCAGUUUUGACAAGGUAGCCAUUCCUGAGGUGAAGGAAAUUAUAGAUGGCUGCAUCAGAACAAACAAGGAUGAAAGGUAUGCCAUAAAGAUCCUCUUGAACCAUGCAUUCUUCCAGGAGGACACGGGUGUCAGGGUUGAACUGGCAGAAGAGGAUGAUGAGGAAAUGAUUGCUAUCAAACUCUGGCUCAGGAUAGAAGACGUCAAGAAGCUCAAAGGCAAAUACAAAGACAACGAAGCAAUUGAGUUCUCCUUUGACCUGAACAAGGACGUCCCUGAAGAUGUGGCCCAGGAAAUGGUUGAAUCUGGUUACGUUGCUGAGGGUGACCAUAAGACCAUGGCCAAGGCUAUCAAGGACCGCGUGUCUCUGAUCCAGCGGAAGAGAGAACAGAGGCAGCUGGUACGAGAAGAACAGGAGAAGAGAAAAUUGGAGACUGAACAACAACAGCUACAGCAACAACAACAGCAGCAGCAGCAACAACAACAACAACAACAACAACAACAACAACAACAACAGCAGCAACAACAACAACAACAACAACAACAACAACAACAACAACAACAGCAGCAGCAACAACAGCAACAAGAGACACUCAAACAUUCACACACACAGGCAGAGGCAGAGGAGACGGAAGUGGAGCAGCAGCAGCUUCACUAUCAGCAGGCCGGCAUCUCACACACAUCUGAAGGAGGUCUGGACAGCGGCCAGGGUUCCUCAGUUUUCUCCUUAGACUCUCCCCACCUGGGUCAGCUGGCCAUGUCAUACAGCUGCCCCCCUUCUUCCCACCCCUCUUCCCAGCCCCAAACCCCCUACCCCUCCACCCCCUCUGCUAAUCUGCAGCAGCACCCAGGCUACGCCCAGCCGCCGCAGCCAAUGUCUGCGUUGCGCUGUUGUCGAAGUCGUAGCAUGUCUGUUUGCGUCCCCCCCUCCUCCUACUCCUUUUCCCAUGCUCCUUCGCCCCUGGCCAUUCCUCCAAAGCAGCCCUCCACCCCUCCUCCAGACCUGUCCUCCUCAUCCUCCUACACCACCACCUCCCCAUGCAUGCCUCUCACAGCUGAGAGGGACACAUUUGCCGGGCGCCUCUCCAAGGCCCUGGAGACGGUCCUACCCCUUCACUCUGCCUCCUCUCUGCCCAGGGCCAGGCAGCGGAGGGCCAGCCUACCUGCCCUGUUCUCUACCCCUCAGCAUUCAAUGCCUCACCCCUACAGUGGAGGAGGAAGCACAAGAGGAGGAGGAGCGGGAGGGAGCAUCCCCCUCCAAACUCUCCCAGACCCCCCAACUAUUUUCUUCCCCUCCAUCCCUGAGCGCCCCAUUUCCUUCUCGCCUCCUCCCACUGGGCCUCCAAAGGCCUACAACACCCAGAGACGCAAGAGCACGUCCAUUCUUGAGGCACAUACCCGACACUUCCAGCCUGCCUACACCCGCUAUGGGAGCAGCCUGCAUCCAUUUUCUGGGAUGGAGGGUGUUGAGACCCCUUCUCUCUUCAUGGUAAAUCCCAGUUUUGCAGCAGCUGCUCAAAGACUUGGUGUUGGGGAGGCACUGCAUCUCCCAGGACAAUCUGACCCAAGUUUGUACAGCUACAAAGACAUGAGAGCAGAGCACGAGGAAGCAGUGAGGAGAUUAAGUCUAAAUCAAGCUGCCUUAUUGGACCAUUAUGAAGCAAUGGCAUAUGGAGGAUACCCAAUAACGGCACACCAGCUUGGCCACUUCAGUUUCCAUCAGCAGAGGCAAGCUGCAGCUGCAGCUGCUGGUUUAGGUUUUGAUCCUGUUCCUGCACCUCAAACAGGGUUCUUGCACUCACACAUCAUGCAAAGAAUGAGUGCACACAGCCCAAUCCCUCCACCCAUGAGUGUGCCCACUGGUGGCUCUUCUUCGUCAUCUGAUGGAUGCUAUCCUCCACCACAGCAUGCUUCCUCUUCCGCUUUCCCUCUUUCUGCACCUCCAGUAAUGGCUGAAGCCCCACCAUCAACAAGUGCUUUUGAGUUCCAUUUAGCUGCAGCCGCUGCAGCUGCUGCUGGAGACCCGAGCCUCCUGGCAUCCAGACUAUACCGGGCCCGAAGGAGCUCCAUGGACCUCCCUCUAGAGGACAACACUGGAACUGGCUCAGGUGGUUCAGGCACGUACAGCCGUCUCCAGCCGGUGACUGAAGAGCUGUACGCAUAUCUCAGUCCCGAGCUCCCCUUACCUCCAGGAAGUCUUCUUCUUCACCACAUAGGUGUAGCCACAAAAGACAGAAGCCCAGAACCUAAUAGUGACUCUAUGGCCUCUUCUGAUGCCGGGGAGUUCCUGUCACCUCCUCCCCCACCUCUCCUCCCUCCCUUUGACUCCUCAGCUGCUCAGUCCAUCCCUCACUCGUCCUCCACUGCGCUCUACGAUUUAUCCGGAGGGGUGUUCCCCAUAGAUCCCCAGGGACAUCCACCCUCCAUGCAGAGCUUUCUCCCUGCCACUCCAUCCACUGAGCUUGGGGGAGCAUCUUCAACCCAGCUGGAGUCUCUGAUCCAGAGUGCCUGGGCUCGGCAUGGAGGGGUGAUACCAGCCCAACCCGAUAUGACAUACCAUGAGUCAUUGCUGGCCAUGCAGGCUGCUAUCCCCUCUCUGCAGCAGGUUCAGGCUCCCCCCUCCCAGUCCACUCCGGGACCCCCUCUGGUCCCUGUUAACACCCAGCCAGCUCCUCCUGGGACCCCCCAACAGGUUGUUUCAUCCAGUCACAAUAUUACAUCAGUUCAGAGCCCCACACACACCUCUCUGCCGCAGGCAUUAUCACAGCCCAGUGUAACUCCGUCUACCGUUUCCUUGGUGACCCUGCCCUCUCCGUCGCUGUCCCUCCCUGUUACCAUGCCAUCCGCGGCGGUGGCUUCCCCUCCCUCUCCUCUGCCACACCCUGUUGGGGUGGUGCCUACUAUUGUUUCCCCUCCUACUCCUCCUCCUGUGCCCACACCUGUGCCCCAGCCAUUGGCCCCGGUGGUUCCAAUCAUCAGUGUAGUCACCGCCCCGCCUGAUACUCCCAUGGAAGCCCCUCCCCAGUCUUCAGAGCUGUCCCAGACCCAACUUCAGCCACCUCAGGGUCUCUCAUCUAUAGAGAGUGGGCACUCUGAGACUUCAGGUCUGAGUGACGGCAACGAGGGAGGAGGAGGUCGCCAUGAAGGGCGCUCCAGCAAGCGACAUCAGAGACGUUCUGUGCGUAGUCGAUCACGCCAUGAGAAGAUCUCCAAGGCGAAACUCAAUGUCCUCAAUAUCUCCAACCGAGGAGAUAGGGUAGCAGAAUGUCAGCUGGAGACCCACAACAGGAAGAUGGUGACUUUCAGGUUUGACCUGGAUGGAGACAACCCUGAGGAGAUCGCCCAGAUCAUGGUCCAGAGCGAGUUCAUCUUGGAGAGUGAGAGGGAAUCAUUCAUUGAGCAGGUCAGAGAGGUGAUAGAGAACGCAGAUGAGAAGGGUCUGGAGCGAGACACAAACAGCCAGAUGGCAGGUGAUAUGGCGCAGCAGAUUCCUGUUAUAUCUGUCCCCAUGCCAGAUAUCCCUCCCAGUGCAACAGCACAAGUGGUGCAUUCAGCAGGUCGGAGGUUCAUCGUCUGCCCCGUACCUGAAGCCAGGCUGAAGGAACAAAUGUUUCCCACCUCUCCUUCUCCUGCCCGGGCACCUCCUGUUGAAACAGUUCCCCCAGCUUCAGCUCCAGCUCCAUCUCAGACUCCAGGCCAAGAUGUAGCAUUGUCCCAGUCUGCUGGAGUAAUCAGCUUACAACAAGCCUUCUCUGAGCUCAGACAGAACCAGAAUCAGUUUGAUGCCGGACCCAGCACCGCCCCAGCAUCCAUCCACUCCAGCCAUCCUCUUCUGCAGCCUGCAGCAGCUUCUGUGCCUUCACAGGCUAGCACAGUCACUCCUACUGUGGAUCCUACUGCUGGACUUGUCCCUUCUAAUUUAAACCAGGCACAGGAGCAGGUCUUGGAUGCCUCUCCUCCUCCCGCUUCCUCCUCCCCCUCCUCUAUGCCCGCUGUCUGUCUCAGCCCUCCUUGUUCCUCCUCCCCACCUCCUGCUGUGGUGAAUCAGUCCACUCUUCAGUCACAGCUACUUUCACAGCCGGGGAUACAGGCUGUGUCCCAACCCCAGGGACAGGUGCAGGUCCAGGGGCAAGCACAAAUUCCGCCCCAGGCUUUUAGCCAGCCUCAGCCUCAAACUGUCUCUGCUGUCAUUGCUACUUCAGUACUCUCCACUUUACCACCUGCUAACAUCUCCAGCAUGCCCCCAACAAUGCUCACCUCCCCACCUACCGCCCAGACUCUUCCUCUUGUAUCCUCCCCUCCCUCCUCUACUCUUCUAGCCAGUGAAGUCUCCUUUGAUCAUCCAUCAGUCCCUCCCACCUCCUCCUCUACUGCUUCUCUCUCCUCCUCUGUCAUCCCAACCACUGCCAUCCCAGGCCCCCAGCUUGCUCCCUCUGCUGCUACCUUCCACUCCACCCCCCCUUCCUCCUCCUCCUCCUUCGCUGUGGGGCUCUUGCCAGUGACCACCAAUGUUCCUUCAGUCCAACCAACCUUGGUCCACUCCCAGCCGCAGACAGCAGCACUGCCUGGGCAGACACACACACACUGUGGGGAAUGUGAUGCAAGGUGUGAGGCAUUCAGUGAGUCUCAAGGCAAACCGGACGACAUCCAAGCUCUGGAGAAGAAGCUGCGGUCUCUCUUCAUGGAUCUCGGUGGAGGGGUGCCAUCCACCGGGGGAGACAUCUUAGCUGCUGACCCUGCCUCUGGAGCCCCCGUGGCAGGUACUUCUUCCCCACUGGGACCCUGCUCUACCUCCAGCACAUUUGUCACCACACCUGGCUCCAGCCAGCCAGCCAAUCCUCCUCAGCCCCCCACCAGCCUUUCACUGGGGUCUCCUGCUCCAAUCCAGGGCCCUGGAACACCUAUCUCCACCCCUGCACCAAUUGUUGCUACGGUCAUCCCUGCAUCGUCCUUUGGCCAGACUACUCCAUCCAAACCCCCUUUAUCCAGGGCACCGGCCAGUUCUCCUCCUUCAGAACUCCUGCCAUGCUUCCCUGGACCUUGUCUAAUACAGUCCCAGCAGCCUCUGGAGGACCUGGAUGCUCAGUUGAGGAGAGCACUGAGCCCAGAGACCGUUCCUGUCUGCACCCACACACAGGCCUCUCACAGUGGCAUAUCUUCAACGGGACAACCAAUUCCAUUCUCUCUGGAGGAAGCUUCUGGGUCCUCUUCUGACCCUCCUCAUCCUUCAGGUGGAAUUAAACUGGGAAGAUUUCAGGUCUCGUUGGCUACUGAAGCGCCUCCUGUUCAACACCCGGCCUGCACCGAGUCUUCCUCCACCACCUCCUCCUCGUCUUCUUCUUCCUCGUCCUCCUCCAGUCUCUCCAGCCCGGAGAAUACACUGCACAAGGACUCCUCGUUUCCUCUGAGAGGGGGGGGGGGACAAGGAGGAGAUGUUGUGGACGGACUACCCCAACGGACUCUGGUAGGGUCCCACCACCCCUCCCCCCUCACUUCACCAUGUCCCUCUCCUAAGCCCACCACUACCAUUGGACGCUUCCAGGUUACCAUCAACCCAGAGGCCCGUGUUGGUAGAUUCUCAGUCAGUCGUACCCUGGAGCAGAGCCUCGAGUCCAGGCAGAGCCCUCUGCCUGCUGCCCAUGCUGCUAACGGACCCAGUAAUCAUGGGCAGCUUUUGAGUCCAGACUCCACUCAUAAAGCCUCUCUGCCCAGUCUAAACACCAACUCCUUCAAUUACCCCUACAUCAGCAGUGACAACGACUCCGAAUUUGAGGAUGAAAACUUCAAACAGGAAGUCAACCACCUUAGAGAAAAACACAUGCGUGAGAUUCAGGCCCUGCACUACCGCCAGAAGGAGGAAAUAGAUUGUCUCUUUACCAGGCUGGGAAAGGUUCCUCCAGCUGCAGUGCUCCCUCCAGUUAUAGGCUUGACUGGCAGGAGGAGACGACCUACUAAAAGCAAAUCCUCCAAAUCGUCUAGAACCAGCUCCACGCACAGCAGCAAGAGUCCAUUACAGCCAGGCAGCACUUUAUCCGCCCAGAGCGUCCCCACCAUGUACCCCGGUCAGCUGGCUCUGUUAGCCACAGGAGGAUUAGCUGAUUCGGGCAGCAGUACUCUGCUCCAGCCUCUCAAACCCUCUUCCUCCAGCAACAACCUAUGCUCGGCCUACACCAGCGAGGCGGCACUCUCUGUGCCCAGCCUGUGUGCUCCCACCCCAGGCUGUGUAAAGUUCAGCUGGGGUUCGGAGCGUUUGGCCUUCAAGCCUGGCGGCAGGAGGACGCGCUUUCUGAGUACGCCCUGCUUGGCUCUUUGGAAGAUGGUGAAAAAAGUCUGCCCCUGCAACCAGCUCUGUAGGACUAAUAGCACCAAUGCAAUGAGCGGUUCAGGUGGUUUGGGUCAGAGCCAGGGUGGUUCUCAGUGUCUGCCCCCCAACAUAUCAGCCCCCCACCAGAGAAAAGGAACUUUCACCGAUGACCUCCAUAAACUGGUGGACAACUGGGCCAGAGAUGCCAUGAACCUCUCACAGGGGAAGAAGAGUGCCAAACAGUUGCAGCAGGCCCCAAUACAGGGACAUAGCUACGAGGUUAUCCAGUCAGCCAGUCUGGGCAGGAAGUACUCGGCUCCCAGCCAGCUGUGUCCCAGCAGCAUUGGAGGUUCAGCCCACCUCCUUACCAACUCCACCACUGCUACCUCUCUGGCUACCCGCAAGGGCUCCCUAUGCCACCCACCUGCUUCCUCCACUUCACCUCAACCCCAACCUUCCCAGUUUAUUCACUACACCCCCACCGCUGCCUACAGUGCACAAUGGUCCGGUCCGGCUCACGGUCUCUCAACCCCACACCAGGCUCCAGCACAGCCUGGGCCUCUACUGGUCAGCACCUCCCAGCCCCUGGGCCCCUACCCCACAACGGUUGGUGGACAGGGGCAGAUUCCAGGGCAGGGGCCACUCCAGGCUUUCCAUCUGACCAACUCUCUCCAGAAGUCGAUCAGCAACCCAGGAGGACCUAACCUGAGGACCACGUAGGGCUGGGGGUGAGGGCUGGUUUAAAUCACAGCCCUACUGGACUGAACUGGACUGGACUGGUGUGGAACAACACAGAGUGUUACAGGCUUGCGUGGGGAGCGAGGAGUUUGAAAUGACAGAAGCUGACCUGUUCAAGAGGAGAAAGGAAAAAAGGAAAUGAAGAGGAGCAAAAGAAAGGAGGAAUGCAAUGUGGUCACAUCUCCACAGUUUGUGUGAUGCAUCUCGCCUCUGCAUCCAUCUGUGUGUGAGUGAGAAGCUGUCACGGACACGAAUGCAGUCACACAAUUUCCCUUUCUGCUGUGUUUGACUGUGGGCUUGUGACAGCCAGCCAGAUGCUUAAAGGAUAAAGGAAAAGACUCAUGAGUGCAAUGUUAAAAGGCCAAAGAGGUUGUGACAGGGUUCCGGAUUGGUGUUAGUAACUGUUUGUGUGUGAGGUAUUGUUAAGGUAUUGGGGUAUUGUUUAUGCGCACUUAUGGCUCGGCCACCAUUGUUCCAUUUUCAUUCUAAAUUGAGUGUACACGUCUUUACAAGGCAGGUCACAAAAUCACCCUUGUGAGACAGCAGUGGUGAGAUAUUACAUCAGGUUAAGGGGGAGGAAUGUGGUGGCCAGCUUUAACAAAACCAACUGUUUGUCCACAGAGCACCUCUUAAUAGCUUCUAAUGCUGUAAUUGCUUAGAAUAUUUUAAAUGUUUAGCUCACAGACUGAGUUUUAAAUAAUCUUAUGCUCUUUUCCAAAUUCAGUACAGAAAAGACAUUGUCACUCUAUAAAGAGGUAACUGGUGGAUACAGAGGGGAGCAUGGCUGGCCAUCACAUUAAGGUUGUCUUUCAACAUCAAACAAUGCACGAGAGGCUAUAUUACCCUGAAAUCAAGCAGUGGCUGUGUUUGUGCCAGCAAAGCAUUCCUUAAAUGUACAGUAUGCUCAAAAGAAAGCUUUGAUAUCAGGUGAGAGCAGACUGGAGCAAUGUUUAGAACAGGAUAUUAAAUUCAGGAAGUGUUUCUGUUGAAAUUUGGAAAUUGUUCUCAAUUUAAAGCACAAAAAAA